UUUUAACUGAUUUGAAAUAUUAAAAGUUGAAAUGAGUAAAUAUAUUUUUAGAUUAUUUAUAUUUGUUAAUUAAAAAAAUGUAUGUAACUUUUUAUUUAAUAACUUUUUUUACAAUUUUUUAUUAUAAUUUAUAUUACAUAUAAAUAUAUGUAUAAUAUGUUUUAAAUUUUAUUUUCAUUUUUUCUUUAUUAUUUCUUUUAUUUUUAAUUCUUUUUUAACUUUAUUAACUUUUUUAACUUUAUUUCUGUUUAUUUAUGAUAUUUAGAUUAAGCAUAUUAGAUUUUUUAAACAAUUAUUUUUUUUAUAAAAUUAAAAAUUUUAUUGUAGAUGAAUAAUUUACUAUAAAUAUUUUUUAUAUUUAAAAUUUUAUAUUUAAUAAAUAUAUUUUAAUAAUUUUUAUUUAAAAAAAUAUAUUUUUUCAUAAUGAUAUUAUAAUGAUUUAAAUUAUAAUUUAUGUUGUACAAAAUUAAAAGUAGUUAAGAUUUAUAAAAAAUAAUAUUUCUUAAUCAACUUCUUAUUUAUUCAAUAAUUUAUAACAAUUAAUGAUACUAAAUUAUUGAAAACAGACAUUAUUAGAAUUCAAAGUGAAGUUAUAAUAUAUAGUUCAUAAUUAUCUACACAAUGUGAAGUACAUUUUAAAAAAAGGAAAAAUGGCGGAUAACGAUGUAAAUGGUGAUUCUGAUGAAGUACAACAAGAGAAAUCACAGAAAAAAACAGCAAAAUAUGAUAGUGGUGCAGCAGAUUUAGAAAAAGUUACAGAUUAUGCAGAGGAAAAAGAAAUAUCCUCAUCUGAUGGAUUUUCUUGCGCAUUAAGUAUAAUCGGAGAUCGACGGAAUAAAGAAGCUGCGGAGAAAAAGGCAAGAGAAAAGGAAUUGUUAAAAGUUCCUAUUAAAAAAGAAGAUGUUGAUCUUAUUAUGAGAGAAAUGGAAAUAAAUCGAAAUGUAGCAGAACAAACACUCAGAGAACAUAGGGGAAAUGUUGUAGAAGCAUUAAUUACUUUAACAAAUUGAUUGUACAGCAUUAACUUCAAACAAAUAUUUACAUAAGCCUUCAUUUUAUUGUAAAUUAUAUGGUCUUAGGAAUUGUUAUAACGUCGGAUUAUUAAUAAUUUAUUCAUGUAUAUUACAAAAUAUACUCUAUGCCAUUUUGUAUAUAUAUAUAAUAUAUAUAUACACACAUACACACACAUACACAUACACACAUACAUAUAUUCACUUUUUCUAUUCAUUUAUCUAUUUAUAUCAUUUCUUAAAGAUAUAUUAACGAAAAUAUGUUAAGGAGUAUAUCAAUUCUCAGGAAAAUGAUUAAAAUAUCAAUUGUAUGUAAUGUUAUCAAAGUGAUAUCAUCUGAUAAGAUUAUAGCUUUUAUAUGUGCAAGAUAUAUUUAAUGUUUAAGCUUAAAACAAUAUGUUUACUUAUUUGUGAAAAGUUAAAAAUUUACAAUAUUUGUUUUUUACAAAUAUUAAAAUCUAAAAAUUAAAAAAAUCAUUAUGUAAUAAAAUUUUUUAAUUGAAAA